UCCAUUGACAGAGGAACCUAGUGGGCUACAGUCCAUGGAGUUGCAAAGAGUCGGACAUGACUGAGCAUCUGUGCACAUGAUGUGAGCUACAAAAGGUGUUAUGUAAGUCAGUCUGGAAUCUGGCCUGCUGAACUGAAAACAGUGUUGUUUGGCUACAUUCCGGAUGGAGUUUCGAUUGAGCUGCUUUUCUAAAUAUAUGUUUUAAUUAUUUGUAUAUUUUUAGCCACAUUGCUAAUCUCCCAAAGGAGAAGGGCAUAAAUAAGCUAUCUGUAUCAACUCUGGAUUUUCUUGUUACUGCAAUAGUUGGGUCAUAGUACCGCUAUGAAACAUGUAUAGAAAACUACCUAAUACAAAGAAAGUAACUAUCAUAUAACAACAUCAGAUACUGAAACAGUUGUUCAGUAAAGCAGCUGUGCUAGGCUCACUGAAGUUUGGAUGCAGAUUUGAUACUGCUUAGUAUUCAUUCUUGAGUGACACAGUAACUCUGUCAUUCUACUAACAAAGUAAUGGCUGCUAUAAAUCUUAUUUUAAAAAGGAGUGACCAUUGCUUAAAUGCUUAAGACAGACUGGAAGUUUUGUUAAAGAUAGGCUCUAAAUUCAUGUACUUUAUGUGCAUAGCAUAAAUUGUAAGUCUAUAUUUAAAUUCCACUUUGUUGUCUGGAGAAAUAUUUAAUAAAAGCAAUGAAACUUUAGUUUCACACCAAACUAGAGUAAAAGGAAAUGAAAGUUAACAGAUAAUAAUUGCUGAAUAAGUUUUAAAUGGUAACUAUAGACUAGUGAUCUAUCAGAUCAGAUCAGAUCAGUCGCUCAGUCGUGUCCGACUCUUUGCGACCCCAUGAAUCGCAGCAAGUGUUAGGUAAUGUUGUUAUUACAAAUAUUCCUCUAGAAUGUUAUUAUCUAAGUUUUAUAGAUGGGUAAAAUGAAUUAAGAAAACUGCUGCCUUGCCCAAGGCCACUUAACUAGUAGGUAGUGGAGCUAGGAUUUGAACUGUGUCUGUUUAAUAUCAAAGCCCAAGCUUUUAAACACUACUUUACACCUUAAUAUACGAUGCUUUAAUAUUCCUGGCCUGCUCUCAGAAACUUCUCUCUUCCUGUCAAAUCCAGAGAUAACAUUCAAUAACUUGACAACAGUGACCUUUCUAAGCAAAUAUAGAGUGCUACAGAACCAGAUGGCCCAAGAUUAUAUUUUAUUUUUCUGGCUCAAAAUGAAUUGUCUGUUCUUGGAAUGAUAAAGUCCAAAAAAGAACCUUCUGUGGCCCCAGACUUCAUCAGGCCACAGGACCAGCUAGUGCCUUUAUCAUGAACCAGUCACAAGUACAGGGCCUUAUGUCUUCAUACCGUAAUUUAGAUAGGGCCUAAUGAAAGGGCAAGAAGCUGCUUUACUAAAUGAGAUCAUUCUGGCCUUCGGUAAUGUCAGUGCAUUUGGGUAGAAAGAUUUUGAGGAAUUAAUGCCAAGAAGGCCGUACUACUGACUGUCCUAUUAAGUGGAUAUAAGCAAGGAGAAGUCUGAUUUAUAAUUUAACAAACUCGCAAAUUAGGCAUCUUUUUUUUUUUUCCUUGGUGGGAUUCAAGUUGGAUUUUUCUAACGUGCAGAACCUUGUUCUUGAUCAUUCAAAAUCUGAGUGGAAAUCUUUUUGACAGUCAUAGGCAGAUAUCUUUGGAAAAUAAAUUCUGUAUUGGAAAUGUAAGUUAUGUCACAUGUAAGUGUAGACAUGAUGCCUUCAUGGGCUCCAUUCCACUGAGUAGACUUCAGAGUUGGAGAGACCAGGUUACAUAGUGUAGGCAUAAAAGUGUUUUAAAGAUACGUUAAAGCCAACUUGUAAUUGACAGUAAAAAUUACAAUGACAAAAGAAACACGACUUGGAGUCAGGAAGCCUGUGUUUAAGACUUUGACAUCACUCUGAAGGAUUCUUCAGCAAGUGGUUUAAAUUUCUCUCUGAGUCUCAGUUUUCUCAUUUGUAAAAUGAGGCCAGAAUACUACUAUUACCUGCCUUGUUUCAUUACAGGGCUGUUUUGAGAACCUAAAGAGGAGCAUGUAACCAAGUUCUGGUGAUGUACAAAUAGACCGUGUUGUUAUGGUGGCCUCUAGUACCUGAUCGGAGGUGUCCUGAGUUGUGAGUAGGGCAGACCUGCCUUUGGAAUUACUCUGUUAUUUAGUAGUUCGGUGAUUUGUGCCAAGUUACCACAAUCUUGAACCUAGUUUCUCUCACCUGUAUAUGAUGAUAAUCCCUCUAACAGAGUUGUGAGAAUUGUAUUAGUUGUAGAUGCUAUUUUUAGGUUUUUAUAAAAUAAUCAGCUGGGAAUUAUAAUGUUACCUUGAACAGAUGUCAGAAAGUAAGAAAGAAAUAGCCAGAGGCUUCUUAUCUGUUCCUAAAUGUCUUAGCAAGAUAAAUAAUCCAAAGUAUAUUAGAAUGUUAGUGCUAAAAGGACCCUGGAGGGUCACCUAUCUUAUCCUCCUCAUUUUAAGACAAAGGAUUGUUUCCCAAUCAUAUUUUUUCAUUUUUGCUUUGUGCAUUUGGAUAACACUCUCACCAGCAUCAUCAAUUGUACAGGAUGGCAACCAUUGCUCGAUCUUGAUAGAUACAGAUUUUUUAAGAUGUAGAGUUAGAGAAGAAUUCUGCUUGGGGAUAGUAUUGUGUUAUGAAAAGAACCUGGGCUUUGUUGGCAGAGUUACAAUGGAAUUUUGAUCCUGUCAAUUGCUAGUUAAGGGACAGUAGAAAUUUUGCUUCAUGUUUGUUUGGUCCUUAACUAUACUAUUUCUUUACCUAUCGCACAGGCCAUGUCUGUGUCUGUAGCUUAGCCAUUUCCACAUGUGAGUCUUUGGAUCUGAGAUGACUUUGCUUUUUAUGCCGUUAAAGAUUCUUGACCUUUUCUCCCUUAUCUCCUGAAAAUAGAUAAGUGAUUCCUUUAGAUGGAAGGGAGGAGUGCUGGGUUAGAUGUAGUUAGAAAAGACUUCUCUUUAAGGCUGGUUUAGGGACUUAAACGUGAAGCUACUAUGUGUAAAACUAAUUUUUUUAGGCUAUUUGUUAGGUUUUUUUCCUUAUGUAAUUGAAUUUCAAUUUAUCUAUGUUGAUUUUGCUUAUAUUAGGGGGUACAUAGGUUUAAUUCUCUAGAAAGCUAAAUGCAUAGUGUUUUAAUAUGGAAUUUUAAAAUACUGUUAAGUGUAUUCUUGCGAGAAAAGCUCUUUACAAGAAAUAAAAGAAUAAUGUUUUAUCACUGAAAACUCAGUAAGAGCAAAUGCGCAGAAUGUUUAUGUUCAUAAUCAAGAAUAAUGGCCUUUGUAUACUAUUCCAUAGGUUAUAUAGUGAUUUUUUUUUAACUUAUUAAGAGUAAUCUUUUCAUUCUUGUUUGAUAUUUUCUGGAUAAGAAAUAUACAAACUAAUUAGCUAUUCAGUUUUAGAUUUUAAUGGGACUAGAUUGAAAAAUGUAAGUUUGAUAGAUAAAAGACUACAUGAUACUACAUAGAAGGUGGUAAUUCAGUGUGAAUUUUCUGUUAUUUAUCAGGAUUUUAACUUUGGAAUGAGUUUUUCUUUCCCUUUGUUAAAUAAAUGGCUAAAAUUUCUCCUUUGAUCAUCUUAACAUAAUUUCAUUGCAACCACUAGUCUGUGGGGUUUCAGUUGAAUUUUUUUUAAUAUGAAUUUAUGUGGAGAGGGUUGGUAUCUUUCAAAAUUUUGACUACACUAAUUAGAGAAUGGGCAGUCAGUUUUUUGAGUAUUAAAAUGAAUUGGUUUUGAAAAGGGAUACAAAUGUUUAUUCUUACAUUUUGCAACUUGUUUUUUACAUUGUCCUUCAGAAUGUUUAAUAUUUCAUAAUGAGAUAUGUUUUUUCAGAAAAAGAAAACAAUUGGCAAAAAUAUGAGAAAUGUUUUCAGUUGUCCAAGGCUAAUAUUGACUUAAAUAGGUCUAGGUCUUCAUGGUUGACAGCUGCAGAUAAUUAGUUUUUUCUUUCUUAACAAAGAAAGCAAAUGGAGCUGCAAGACAUUCAUUGCCUUUUCUGUCAUCAUCAUAAUAAUGUAUGUAUUUAACUUCUGCAGUUCCUUAAAUUGAUUUAGUGCUAAGCUGCCUACAUUACAUAUAAUAGGAGUGACAAGUGAAAGCUGCAGCACAUAUUUGCGUGGCAAAAGGGAGCUGUGAUUGACAGCAGAGUUCCUCUCUACAAGAAAUAGCAGUGUUGUGGAACUCAAAAAGGGCCAGAUACAUAAUUCUUCAAAGUUUUGAGCAGAUUCAUGAAAUGAAUUUUAAGAAUUGAUUGCCACUUGGUAUAUUUGAGUGUCUGUGUUCUUGGCUCUGGGUGAGGGGCACAGACGGACAGAAUCUUCCCCUGACUGCUGAAUGUGAGGAAGUUCCUUUUAAGCAUGUUAGGAUUGGUAAUUUAAGAUUGAUACUUACAAAUUAUAGAUCAAAUUAUGACUCAGUAACUGAAAAUUCCUUCAGCUCUAACCUGUUCCCUUUAUUUGAAGAAGUCAAAUAAUACAUCUAUUCAAACGAGAAUUUUAAGACCAUAAAGCAAACUGUUUUUUUCACUGAAAAUACUCAUUUUCACAUGUUUCUAAAAUCUGAAGGAUCACUUCUGGAAAGAUAAUUGUGUAACAUGUCGUGAUUUCUUUUGACCAGAGAGUGGCUAAGUGUGAUCAUCUUUCAAAAGUACUCAAAAUACCCUGCAGUUCCUUUGUUUGUUUAACACAUGCCCAGAAGCUAUGGUUGAAAAGAUACUUGGUGAUUGCCAUUGAAUAAUAUUCUUUGAGGAGCCCAGAAUGCUGGGCUUCAUACUGUGCCAUGGGACAUGCGUUUUGUUUUGGUGGCAACACCUUGUAUGUUUGUGAGGUGGAGGGGAGCCCUAUAGGUCUUUGUACAUUGGCAGCCUCUACUGGCCAUUGCAAAAGUGCAGUAUUGACCUCUGUUCUUUCCACUCUGGGUUGCAUAGGAUUUUAUUUGGCCCCAGCUCUCUGUUGUUGUUCAGUCUCUAAGUAAUGUCCAAUUCUUUGCAACCCAGGGACUCAGCACGCCAGUUAUCCCCUUUUAAGAACUAGCUUAUCUGUUGGAUCUCAAGUUAUAGCUAUUAAAGAGCUACCAGUCCAAUGCUGUUGUCAGUAAACUAAUAUAAAGAAUGGAAUUUUUUUAGAAUCUUGGGAAAGAUUACACAUAUAGCCCUGCUCUGAGAAAUAAUUUCCAACUAAGAGGUAAGAUAGAUUUGAUUUUUUUUAUAAAUUUUAAAAUACUUUCUAAGUUGCGUGCUUUUGAAUAGGAAUUUACUUAUUACUGGUAAAUAACUCUGAUCUCCUGGAAGAAAGCCUUGACUCAAUGAUAGUUAAUUAAACAGAUACUUAUUUGUUCUUUAGUUUAUGGUGUAUCAACUAUUUUAAAAGUUUCCGGAAAGUGGGCAUAUAACUCUUACUGGGCUUUGUGACUGUAGAUACCUGUGGGGAUUUUUGGAGGUUUUGGACUGUUUAGAAUAUAAAUUACAAAUAUCUGUACAUAAAGGAUCCAAGUGCAGUAAACCCUGCAUUAUUCUGGCUUUAGUUGUAGAGACUUGUAUAAUGUGUUUAUCUUUGUGUUUGGGAAAUAAUUUGACCACAGUAGAUGAUUUCCUCAACAAAACAGAUCUGUUAUGACAUUUCAGUUUUGUAAGUGGCUCUACUAGUCUUCUGCUUAUUUUUUAGUCUCUUGGCAUUUCAAAUAAGAUACCUAGUUGAAUCUUUGUGUAGUCUUACAGAUACUGACUUUCAUUCCUAUGGCUUCCACUUAUUCCUGGAUUAUUAGAGUACUAGAUCUCUUUGCUACCAGGUUCUGUGCAUUCUAAUUCAACUCAUACAUCACCACCAUAUGUAUUUGACUAAAAUACUACUUUUAUCACAUCAUGCUGUUUUUUUUUUUUAAUGAUUUAUUGUUUUCUUGAGGAAAAAGAGCAUAAUAGUAUGGAGAAUGGAGCAACAGAGGAGCACUCAGAGACCAUCAUGCAGACAUCAGAGACCGGGUCGGACACAGGUUCGACAGUGACUUUACAGACAUCUGUGGCUAGUCAAGCAGCAGUGCCUACACAGGUGGUACAGCAAGUACCGGUCCAACAACAGGUGCAGCAGGUACAGACUGUGCAGCAGGUGCAGCAUGUCUAUCCAGCUCAGGUGCAGUACGUGGAAGGGAGUGACACUGUCUAUACCAAUGGAGCAAUCCGAACAACAACUUACCCUUACACAGAAACACAGAUGUACAGCCAAAACACUGGAGGGAAUUACUUUGAUACUCAAGGGAGCUCUGCACAGGUGACUACCGUGGUCUCAUCUCACAGUAUGGUGGGCACCGGUGGGAUUCAGAUGGGCGUCACGGGAGGACAACUCAUCAGCAGCUCUGGAGGAACCUAUCUGAUCGGCAACUCAAUGGAGAAUUCUGGACACUCGGUGACACAUACCACUCGGGCUUCCCCAGCGACAAUUGAAAUGGCGAUUGAGACGCUGCAAAAGUCUGACGGUCUGUCCACUCACAGAAGCUCUCUUCUCAACAGCCAUCUCCAGUGGCUGUUGGACAAUUACGAGACAGCAGAAGGAGUGAGCCUUCCCAGAAGCACUCUGUACAACCACUACCUACGACACUGUCAGGAACACAAACUGGAUCCAGUCAAUGCUGCUUCUUUUGGAAAACUAAUAAGGUCAAUCUUUAUGGGGCUACGAACCAGGAGAUUGGGAACUAGAGGAAACUCCAAGUACCAUUACUAUGGGAUUCGUGUCAAGCCUGAUUCCCCUCUUAAUCGCCUCCAAGAAGAUAUGCAGUAUAUGGCUAUGAGACAACAACCCAUGCAACAGAAACAAAGGUACAAGCCUAUGCAGAAAGUGGAUGGGGUUGCAGAUGGUUUCACAGGAAGUGGUCAACAGACAGGCACAUCUGUUGAGCAAACUGUAAUUGCCCAAAGUCAACAUCAUCAACAGUUUUUAGAUGCAUCUCGAGCACUUCCAGAGUUUGGAGAAGUUGAAAUCUCUUCUCUGCCAGAUGGUACUACCUUUGAGGAUAUCAAGUCACUGCAGAGUCUUUAUCGAGAGCACUGUGAGGCAAUAUUGGAUGUUGUUGUGAAUCUUCAGUUUAGCCUGAUAGAAAAAUUGUGGCAAACAUUCUGGCGCUAUUCUCCCUCAACUCCAGCUGACGGCACUACCAUUACCGAGUCAAGCAAUCUGAGUGAAAUAGAAAGUCGACUUCCGAAAGCAAAGCUGAUAACUCUGUGCAAACAUGAGUCUAUCCUGAAAUGGAUGUGUAACUGUGACCAUGGGAUGUACCAGGCUUUGGUGGAGAUUCUCAUCCCCGACGUCCUUAGACCUAUUCCUAGUGCCUUGACCCAAGCCAUUCGAAAUUUUGCAAAAAGCCUUGAAGGUUGGCUUUCCAAUGCCAUGAACAAUAUUCCACAAAGAAUGAUACAAACCAAGGUUGCAGCUGUAAGUGCCUUUGCCCAGACUCUGCGAAGAUACACAUCGCUCAAUCACCUGGCCCAGGCAGCUCGUGCAGUGCUUCAGAACACUUCUCAGAUCAACCAGAUGCUCAAUGACCUCAACCGUGUCGACUUUGCCAAUGUCCAGGAGCAGGCUUCCUGGGUGUGCCAGUGUGAUGACAACAUGGUUCAGAGACUAGAAACAGACUUCAAGAUGACUCUUCAGCAGCAGAGCACCCUGGAGCAGUGGGCAGCGUGGCUUGACAAUGUGAUGAUGCAAGCACUGAAACCCUAUGAAGGAAGACCCAGUUUUCCUAAAGCUGCCAGGCAAUUUCUGCUAAAAUGGUCUUUCUACAGCUCAAUGGUGAUUCGGGACUUAACUCUACGCAGUGCUGCUAGCUUUGGCUCCUUCCACCUGAUCCGUCUACUCUACGAUGAAUACAUGUUCUACUUAGUAGAACAUCGUGUUGCUCAGGCAACAGGAGAGACACCCAUAGCAGUCAUGGGGGAGUUUGGUGAUUUAAAUGCUGUGUCUCCUGGAAAUCUGGAUAAAGAUGAAGGCAGUGAAGUGGAAAGUGAAAUGGAUGAGGAAUUAGAUGACUCUUCAGAACCUCAAGCCAAAAGAGAGAAAACGGAGCUGAACCAGGCGUUUCCGGUGGGUUGCAUGCAGCCCGUUCUUGAGAGUGGCGUGCAGCCAAGCCUCCUGAAUCCAAUUCACAGCGAGCACAUCGUCACAAGUACUCAGACUAUCAGACAGUGCAGCGCUACAGGAAAUACCUACACCGCAGUCUAAAGGAUAUUAAAGUGUAUUUUUCCAGCUAACAUUAACCCUGUUGAUAUUGGGCUUAAGUUGAAAUUUUAAUAAGCCUGAAGGUCGACUGUUGUCAAAUACUAUCUGUGCUGAACAUUACCUUUUCGGAGUUGUGAAAUGGAAUGGGUGUAUGUAUUUUGCCAGGUCUUUUUUUUUUUAACAUAAACAAAAUUAUUUGCCUCUUAAUAAUGAGUUUUUUUUUCCCUUAGUUUUGGGUGUCAAGAAGGAUUUUUACAACACUUAAUGUCAAUGUUUUUGUUUUCUUAUAAUUAAAAAGUAAUUUACAUUUUUGUAGCUUAAAAUAUUUUAUUGUUGAUUGUUAGUCUUGGUGUAUGAUUUCAUGUGUAAGUUUUUAAUUAGAUGCACUUCUGUGAAAUAUCAAAAGAAAUGAUUUUCUUUGAUUUACACUGGAGGCAUGCACAUUUGGCAGCAGAUGCAUCAAAUUUGCUUUUGAAAGGUGCUUUUCAUCGGACAGAACCACAAGACACUAUUUUGAUAACAUUUUGGAGUAUGGAGAGAGAAUACAAAGCAUUUUUAUUAUAGUGCUAGAGGGUUGGGAAGGUCAUCUAUUUUUCUCUGAAGAAAAAUUGAGCUGUGCAUUUAUCAGUUCAGAGUAAAUGACAGAAUUGCAAGAGAUUAUGCUAAUAAGUACAUAAUUUGUGUACAUAAUUAUUAAACCAUGUUAAUGCAAGCUUCCGUUAAACACUGAAUUUUAACUGUUAUUUGCAUACCAAUUCCUCUGUUUAAAGACUACUGAUUCUGUAUUUGGGACCACUGCACAGAUGCAUUCUGCUGUUGAGUGGGGCUGUUAUAGUUAGAUACUGAAGCUGAAAAAAAUGACUUGACUUCUUUUUUUUUUUUUUUUUUAAGUGUACACGCUACUUAUGCUGAGCUGGACAUACAGGAAACCAUUCCAUUUGGAUGACUUUCUUUUAUUCCAGGUCUUUUUCCUAAUAGUAGUUCAAUGUGCUGCUAUUGUAAAAGAAAAUUUAUAGAAUGCAAGGAAUGUAGCAACCUGCAUAUCGUUAUUUCCUUCAAAAAUAUUUCCUGGUUUCUAAAGUACGUGGAGUUAAAUUUUAAACAGAACCUGAAGGCAGUGUAACUGGCACACCGCACUGCUGCUUAUCUCCAAUUCUGUAGGAUUUGGAUAGGUGGCUGGGUGGACCAGUGCCAUUGAAGAAUGUACAUCAGGGAUCAUCGUACCUCGGCUAUUACAUGGUGCCUUAAAACAGAACUGAAGCUAAGGUUUAGUAAGGCUUAUUUUGUUCAUGUGAAUUCCUUUUCAAUCCAUUUGACAAGGUGUGCCUGUCGUUUUCAGAUUGCCGAAGUGAGGACAGGUAACAUGUUCUUCAAAGGAAAUUUAGGGAAAGCUAAGCAAAACAAAAAGACAAAAAUCACUUCCCCUCUUUGAGUGACCAUGAAUUUAUUUUUGUUCCUAGAGCUGAAGAUUACUUGAUUACAAAUCACAUUGCUUAAAGAUUAAGGAUCAGAUUGCUGUUGUGGAGUAGCAGGCUAGUUUUAAUUACCAACUUUGUUACAUAAAAUCAUGUAUGUUUUAGACCAUUCUUAUCUAGUUAUAAUUUAAGAAAAUUAACAAAAUAAGCAGGUACUUGUUGAAGUGCAUCUUUUCGGUCUAAAUGUUUCUCUGUGUGUCUCCGUGUCUGUGUGCCCAUGCACACAGGAGUGUCCAUGGGCCAGAGUCAGCUACAAAGUCAGGUGAGAUCCCAGAGAGGAUACACCCAUCCCUAUUUUAAUUUAUGUGAAAAGUGAGGUUCUUUUAAGCACUCAAAUUAUUAACAAAAAGAACAGGCACAUCCAUUUAUUUAAAUAGUUCUAAAAAAGCUAAUUAGCAAAAAUAAAUAGUAUACAAAUACACAGAGCCAAAAAAAAGGGAAAGCACAAAAUGAUUUACAGAUUAUUAAUGAGGCCUAUGUUAAACUCAAGAGGUUUAUCUUCUCAGUUUUAUUAGGGUGGGGGUGGGGGGUGGGAAGGAGAGAGUGAGCCAAUCUAAUCUGUUAAAUUGAAAAUACCAAAUGGCUUAUUGGGUAACACGUAGUACAUUUCAGCUGCUGUUACCUGAUUGCCUUAGACUACUCAAAUAACUAAGAUCAACAAAGCUUCUUAAGUUUAAAUGAUUUAGAUAUAAUUUUUUAAAUUGAUUCAAAUUUUGUAUCAUACAACUCACAUAUUUGAAAGUCUUCACUAGCAUCCUAGCAUCACCUUCUUUAAAUAUCAUUUAAAUGAUCAUUCCCCUUUUUCCUCCCCAAAAGGCAAUGAAUUUGCACUAUCACACACACACAAAGGCAACCAACAAAACACGUUAAAGCUGCAAAGACGUGUAUCUACUUCAUUGUGCAUUAGAAGAGGUUUACAGGUAAAAUUAAAAUCUAAAAAGGAAAAAAUCAUUCUUCAUUAUGACCCUCCUUUCUGAAUUUUUUCACUUUCCCAUUCACCACCCCCAGAACUAUAUUAUAUCUAUAUUGGGCCAAAUGUAUUUACUGGUUUCAUCUUGUUUAUUGAAUGAUUUUAAAUAUUUAUUAUCAUUGUUUAAUGUUGGAUAUAUUUGUAUCAUGAGAGGAAUCUGAUAAAUAAUGGGCAAGUUUAGAUUGAUGAAAUUUAGGGGUUGGGUACCCUCCAGGAUUCAGCAUUUCUUCCAGUUGUUCACGGUUUGUUCUAAAUUAGGACAGAUUAGAGGAAUCAAAUAUUGUUACAUUUCAAUGAAUAUUACAAUAUUCUAAUGUCUUUUAUGAACACAGGAACAUUGAUUCUUUGGGACUAGGGCAGGCAGUUCUGACCAAUAGAUAAAAUAACAUCUGUGGUCUCUGCUAUUUCCGGUUAUCUGUAAUCCACAGAAAGACACACACAGCUUAAACAAUUUUGACUUUGAAUUGUGAAAUAUAUUAGAAAAUAAAAGUGUGAUUUAUACAGUUGAGCAAAUUGGAGCAAACAUUGAGUUUUUUUUCAUUUUUUUAUUCACAGAUACGAUUAUCUUUUCUAAAUAAUAUUAUGACAGUAACACUCUCAGAGUAGAUUUACUGAUGAGUGAAAGUACACAUUUUAAGGACCUCUUAAGAUUUCUUGACAUUGUAAUAAACUACUAGUCAUGAAAGUAUCUAUAUAGACCCAGUGCUAGAUUUUCAGUGAGGAAAAAUGUGAGGAGGACAUGUUGGCUAUUUUUAAGUUUCUAAAAAGAUAUUUGCAUGUAAUAGUAUUGAGUAUCAUGGGUAUAGUUUGACCUUCACAUACACUUUGAGAAUCAUACCCAAAAGAUUUGCAUUCACAAAGCCAGUGAACAAUGGGAUGAAAUGGCUGAAAUAUCUCCUUGGAACAUAGGACCCAAUUUAAAAUUUUUUCUCUGGAUAUCAAAUGGCUGGUCACUUUUUCAGGAUUCUCAUCCAAACUAUGUUUGGACUGACUGUAUAAGUCUUACUGCCUUUUCAGAAAUCUGCUUUCCUUUUUGUGCUUUUUCUUGUACUGUAUAGCACGGUUCAUGCACCUCUCUUUAGAUGGUGUACUUUAAAAACAAAAGUAAAUUUUAGAAAAUGAUUUUUAACACUGCAUACCUAAAAUUAGUAGUGUGCAUCAUGGACUGCCUUUGAUUUGUAGUAGACAUGUAAAAAUGAACACGUUCUUGUAGAAUGCUGUCAAAGUCAUUCAGGACUGAAUAUGGUUUCAUUACCGUAAUCAUGAACCUUUUUACAUGAACGCACUCUCUAGAAGUGCAAAUUGUGAUGCAUUUUCAAAUUGAAAAAUUCUUCAGAUGUAUUUGAAAUGUCUAAAAUAAUGCUGUGCUGAAACAUUAGUAUAAAAAAAGUGUAGGUCACUGUGAUGUUGGUCCUCCUCAUGUGGACACAAGUAGAAAGUAAAAAACUUUGGCAAGUCACCUUUGUGUACAAUUUGAGGCAGUGGUUAUAUUACAAUAAAUUGACCUUUGUUAUAACCUCCCCUCCUCCAAAUUCCUGGUGAGAAAAAUAAUAAUCAUCAAAAAACUAAAGUUAGAAUUUAUGAUUUGUAUGAAUCACACCAGAACAUGGGGGAGAGGGGUUGACAUGCAGUGCUACUGAAAAUUAGGCUUGUCACUAGAUCAGAUCAACCUCCAUGUGUGUGGUUAGAACAAAUCAAUUAAUGGAAUCCUAGUAUUUCUGCAAGUUUGGUGAUUUUUAAAAACUGGAAUAGAAGCAUUAAUUCAGUGCUUAGUUCUAGUAUUAGAAAACCCCUUUAAUGUAAUGCCUUGUAUUAACCCUUUGAGCAUUGUAAGAUAUACAAUGGGGGACAAAAGCCUUUCAGAUCAUUUAUUUAGACUUAGACCGGUAAAAUAUACUCUAUAUCCAAAUGUCUAAUUAUGCUGUUUUUUUAAAGGGGGGGUAGGAAGAUAAAGUGUUUCCAUGCUGAACACUUGCAUUUUAUAUACAACUCUUAAUUUUCUUCAAGAGGGCUUGAUAUAUUUAUUCCCAAAUAUUCACUGCCAUCUAAGGAAGUGUACUGUUUACAGAAAAAAAAAAAAAAUCAACUUUUCUAGCAUCACAUCAUGACUCUAGAAAAGGAGGACAAAUACAUGGGCCUGUAGACCUAUGUCAUUACUGAUCUCUGCACAUUGAAAGUACCUAGAUUGCCUUUAAAAGGUAUGAUAAAGAAAGGGUUACAUUUUUUUUUCCCCAAACAGAACAAAAGAUCUUGUUUAUUUAGCUUUAGAAAGUACAGUUGUAAGUGAAGCCUUAGAAACGAGUGGAUAAAGAAAAGCUGAACUAUGGGGGCAGGUAAGUUAUUUGGAGUUAGAUCUCUCAUAAAAUAUUGUUUGGGAAUUUCAUGUAGGGCAUAAUUUUAUCUAUGCUCCAAAACUUUAAUACUUUGUCAAAAUAAUUAUAUAUAGAUAGAAUGGCACUUGAUUUUAAGCUCAUCUGUCAGGAGAUGCUAUGACUACUGCUUCUGGUAUCUGUAAAUGCCAGUGUGCUUACACAGUUGCUGACUUUGUUCAAGGGCCUCUCUGCGUGCACUGGGCCCCCUUUGUCCCCUGCUCAAGGGAACCUGAGAGCUGUAUCAUCUGCAGAUGUGCUUGUGCUGCGCUAGCCAGGCGCUCAUAGAGAGUGUAACCUAUUCUGAUGUCUGGUGAAAGGACAUCCAUAGCAUAGUGCAAGUUUGCCGUAAACGUUGCUUUUUUUAGGCAGUUUAGGAAGUCAAACCAUGCAAAUUACUCAUGUGUUAACAUGCAAUACUCAAAGGGUUUUAAUUUAACUCUCUUCUUUUGAAUUCUUCAUGAUGAUUUACUGUAAAUGCUUCUAAGUUUGCAUGCCUUGAUCAUUGCUGCUAGUGAUUUUAUGUGCCAGUAGACCUGAGUUUAGUUUACCAAUUUUACUUAAAUAGUAAAAGCCACUUACAAAGUGACUGCCUAGGAUUUCUGUUUUGUUUUUUUUUUUCUUUUGGUUUGAAGUAAUUGGUAAUAUGUCCUAUUUUCAAAGAUGUAUUUUGUCUCGUAUUUGGUUCUGGUAUUUGAUCCUUUCCCCUCCCCUCCACUUCUUUCCUUUGUUUUUUUUUUAAAUGAAUUAUGAUGUUGGGAUUGGAAGCCCUGAGUAAUGAAAUCUUUGGUAAGGAUUGUUUUUAUGUAGCUCAGUAAUGAGGACAAGUCUUUAUUAGAGGGAUUAUGAUUCUGGGGAGGAAAAGAAAAAGUGAAAACUCCCAUUGACUGUUGAGAACCAAGUAAAUUUUUCCUUCAAUGAAUUAAUACUUUUGAAUAAAUACUUGCCUUGUUUUAACCCGCUAAACACAAUUUUAAAUGACCCAGUAACGGAGGUAUUGAAUUUUAUUCGUUUAAAAAGCAUCUUUUGUACCAAAGCAAAUUUUUUUCUCAUCUCCAUCAUCAAUUGGGACCUAUGGUGGUGACCAAUGCGUUGGUUACAGAAACUAUAAGUGAGUGCCUUGAGAAAACUUGGAAAUUUGUGCCUGGGGUGGUAAACUUUUAAUUAGGUUAAUUGUAGUGCUUACCAAUCAGUAAUUUUACUAUCACUCAGGGCUUUCGUACCUUCUAGGUAAAACUUAUUUCAUUGUGUUUUUUUAAAAUAUUGUAUUUUUUUUUAAGUGCCAUCAUUUAAAUUUCACUUAGUAAGUGGCAGAUUACAUUAUUCAGUCCCACAAGCACAGAAACAUAGUAACACUAGGAGAUAUUUGAACAUUUAUUUUACAAUCGACUGAAUAUAUUAUGUAAAUGAGGUAAGCAACUUUUGUAGAGAUUGUAUGUGUGAGAUAAUGUAAUGUUCUUUUCCAGUUUUGGACUACAGUUGAAUAAACUUUUUAAUUAUUUAAAAACAUCUUUACCGAAUAACAUGUGAUGGUUUUUUGUAUAAUGUAUUUGAUUUUGUAAAUACGUAUUUCCUGAUGUGAUUUUUGUGAGAAAUGCUAAAUCUUUUAGUAUAUCAUGUCCUCUCAAAAUUGGCAGGAGCUAAAUAAUAGUUUGUGGGCGAUUUGUAUUGUGUACUGUACAAUAACUGGGGAACUUUUAUAAUUAUAAAAAUAUAUAUUAACUUUUAGUGUGUUGUUUAAACAAAUGACUGGAACAUACUAAAGAUAUUAGUAGGAUUUUUCUGAAUAUUUCAGACUUGAACUCAGGCUAGCUUCCUUGUGUUUUUCAAAACAAAAUGGUGUCUUGUCUUUUAAAAUCAAUAAAUUUGUUUCCUUGUUACAAAUAC